AUGUCAAAAUAUGUUUUAAUUAUGGAUGAAGUUGAUGGUGUAUCUGGUAAUGAAGAUCGUGGUGGUAUACAAGAAUUAAUAUCACUUAUAAAACGAUCACGUAUACCAAUUAUAUGUAUAUGUAAUGAUCGACAACAUAAAAAAAUUCGUUCAUUAGCUAAUUAUUGUUAUGAUUUACGUUUUCAUCGUCCAACGAUUCAACAAAUUCAUGCUGCAAUGUUAACUAUACUUCAACGAGAAAAUGUUUCAAAUAUAAAACCUGAAACUUUAGAUGAAAUUAUAAAAUCAUGUAAUCAAGAUAUUCGUCAAACAAUUCAUUCAUUAAAUCUUUGGUCUAUUCAAGGUGGUAAAACAAAUUUAUUAGCUGCAAAAAUGAUUGAAAAAUCUGUCAAUAAUAAUCCAUUUGAAUUAUGUCGUUUAUCAUUUUCAUCUGAAUUACGUAAUAAAUCAAUAAUAGAUAAAAGUGAUAUAUUCUUUUAUGAUUAUCAAUUAAUGCCAUUAUUAAUUCAAGAAAAUUAUUUACAAUGUCAACCACAUGUCACAAAUUCAUCUAAUGAGAAAAGAAAAUUAACUGAUAUUGAACAUUUAAAAUUAAUUUCACAAGCUUCUGAUAGUAUAUGUUUAGGUGAUAUUUGUUCACAAAUGAUUUUUAGUAGAAACGAAAAUUGGUCUUUAUUACCUUAUCAAGUAAUAUAUAUAAGAAAAAUAGUCAAAUUAAGUGAGCUUCGAAUUUGA